AUGGCCACCAGCCCAAUCAUCAUCCAUGCCUGGGGCUUCAGAAUCAUCAUCCACGGCUGUGGCAUCAGAGUCGUCAUCAAUGGCUGGGGCAUUAGGGUCAUCAUCAACAGCUGUGGUAUCCGGGUCAUCAUCCAUGGCUGUGGUAUCCAGGUCAUCAUCCACCACUGUGGCAUCAGGGUCAUCCACGGCUGGAGCAUCAGGGUCAUCCACGGCUGUGGCAUCAGGGUCAUCAUCCACCGCUGUGGCAUCAGGGUAUUCAUCCACGGCUGGAGCAUCAGAGUCAUCAUCCAUGGCUAUGGCAUCAGGAUCAUCAUCCACGGCUGGAGCAUCAGGGUCAUCAUCCACGGCUGUGGCAUCCGGGUCAUCAUCCACGGCUGUGGCAUCAAGGUCAUCAUCCACGGCUGGAGCAUCAGGGUCAUCAUCCACGGCUAUGGCAUCAGGGUCAUCAUCCACGGCUGGAGCAUCAGGGUCAUCAUCCACGGCUGUGGCAUCCGGGUCAUCAUCCACGGCGGGAGCAUCAGGGUCAUCAUCCACGGCUGUGGCAUCGAGGUCAUCAUCCACGGCUGUGGCAUCAGGGUCAUCACCCACGGCUGGGGCAUCAGGGUCAUCACCCACGGCUGUGGCAUCAGGGUCAUCACCCACGGCUGGAGCAUCAGGGUCAUCACCCACGGCUGUGGCAUCAGGGUCAUCAUCCACGGCUUGAGCAUCAGGGUCAUCAUCCACGGCUGGAGCAUCAGGGUCAUCAUCCACGGCUGUGGCAUCAGGGUCAUCAUCCACGGCUGUGGCAUCCGGGUCAUCAUCCACGGCUGUGGCAUCAGGGUCAUCAUCCACGGCUGUGGCAUCAGGGUCAUCAUCCACGGCUGUGGCAUCAGGGUCAUCAUCCACGGCUGUGGCAUCCGGGUCAUCAUUCACGGCUGUGGCAUCCGGGUCAUCAUCCACGGCUGUGGCAUCAGAGUCAUCAUCCACGGCUGUGGCAUCAGAGUCAUCAUCCACGGCUGUGGCAUCAGGGUAUUCAUCCACGGCUGUGGCAUCAGAGUCAUCAUCCACGGCUGUGGCAUCAGGGUCAUCAUCCACGGCUGUGGCAUCAGGGUCAUCAUCCACGGCUGUGGCAUCAGGGUCAUCACCCACGGCUGUGGCAUCCGGGUCAUCAUCCACGGCUGUGGCACCAGGGUCAUCACCCACGGCUGUGGCACCAGGGUCAUCACCCACGGCUGUGGCACCAGCGUCAUCACCCACGGCUGUGGCAUCAGGGUCAUCACCCACGGCUGGGGCAUCAGGGUCAUCACCCACGGCUGUGGCAUCAGGGUCAUCACCCACGGCUGUGGCAUCAGGGUCAUCAUCCACGGCUGUGGCAUCAGGGUCAUCAUCCACGGCUGUGGCAUCCGGGUCAUCAUCCACGGCUGUGGCAUCAAGGUCAUCAUCCACAGCUGUGGCAUCAGGGUCAUCCACGGCUGGAGCACCAGGGUCAUCAUCCACGGCUGUGGCAUCAGGGUCAUCAUCCACGGCUGUUGCAUCAUCCACAGCUGUGGCAUCAAGGUCAUCAUCCACGGCUGGAGCAUCAGGGUCAUCAUCCACGGCUGUGGCAUCAGGCUCAUCAUCCAUGGCUUGAGCAUCAGGGUCAUCAUCCACGGCAGUGGCUUCAGGGUCAUCAUUCACGGCUGGGGUAUCAAGGUCAUCAUCCAUGGCUGGAGCAUCAGGGUCAUCAUCCACGGGUAGGGUAUCAAGGUCAUCCACGGCUGGAGCACCAGGGUCAUCAUCUAAGGCUGGAGCACCAGGGUCAUCAUCCAUGGCUGGAGCAUCAGGGGCAUCUUCCCCAGCUGGGGCAUCAGGGUCAUCAUCCACGGCUGGUUAUCAAGGUCAUCCACGGGUGGAGCAUCAGGGUCAUCAUCCACGGGUAGGGUAUCAAGUCAUCCAUGGCUGGAGCACCAGGGUCAUCAUCCACGGCUGGAGCAUCAGGGUCAUCAUCCACGGCUGGGGGCAUCUUCCUCAGCUGGGGCAUCAUCUGUGGCUGUUUUGCUCAAUCUGUAUCUGAGCCACAUAUCCUGAUUAUUAAUAAUUUGAGUUCCACUUUUACAGUUUUUGUUUCAUAAGUUAUUUGUUAGUAAUUGAAUGAAAUAACUAAACCAGAAUUUUCCCCUUUUUAUUAUUUUAUUUCUAUAUAGAAAUAAUUGUUUUAAGAAAACAUGUGCCUCUGUCUGUGUUUGUGAACAGGAGUAUUGGGUCUAAAGCCUUUCUCUGAUAGCUCUGCGGGAAGAUUGCCCACCUCACCCUUGCUUUCUGCGGGUUCCAGAAGCUUCCAUUUAAAGGAGCAUCCCUCCCCACUCUGCCUCCCCCAACACCAGCUCUCCUGCACCCACUGGCUUUCUCAACGCUUUCUUCCACCUUCACCUCAUUGAAUUCAAGACUCUGGAAAAUAGUCAAAAAUGAUAAAAAGGUGGGAGUCGGGGGGAUCUGGAAAUCCCUGCUAUAAUAUUUUUAAAGGAAUCUACUAGAAACUAUGUUUUAAAUAAAGCCAUCCCUUAGCA